AUGAGAAGUUACGCCGUCCUGCUCUUCAACUUCGCCCUCUUCGACCUCCUCACCUGCAUCGCUUCCUUCUUCGCCUGUCAAAAAGUCUGAAAAAUAUUAUCCUUCCUUCCUCGAUUCCACACCCUUUUUCAAGAACGAUUUUCUCGGAUUUGGCUCUGACCUACAUCUUCCACGGCCCUUGCCGAUAUAUAUCCCCGUUUUUCUGCUACUUCUGCCACUGCUUCGUUUGUCACGCCAUGGCCCAUUCUCAAUGGAUCCUGAUUGUGAGUUUCGGCCAGAAAGGGGGUCGCAUCGGGAAUGGCUUGAAGCGUCGCGGAUGUUUGAACGUGAAAAAAAUGCAUCUGAUUCAGUUUCUUUCGGGGAUUCCGAUUUUUGUGCUUGGAAAAUGACGAUAAGACCCUUUAGAAAGAGUUAUGAACUCUAAAAGUUUGAAAAAUUGAACCGGUACAUUUAAGGCCGCUAUAAUGUGUCAAGCAUGUGAAAAACUAGGAAAUUUUGAAUUUUGUGUCAAACAAUUCACUUUUUCGGUGGUAUGAAAAAAAACACCAGAGAUAUGAAAAAAUCGGAAUAGUCGCCGUUUGAAUUUUCGCUGGUUUUUUUUUUCAUACCACAAUUGUUUCCUGUUUUUGGGACCUAGAACCUCCUGCCUUACAAGGAAAAGUUCAAACGAUUUUUUUUCAAUCCUCAGUUGCGAAAAUUUUCACUCAAAGGAACUUUUGAAGCACAAAUUCGGAAUCAGCGUGAAAAACUGACCAGUCCCGCGCUUUUCGAUAAAUCAGAGCGCAAGUCGUUUUGGGUCGGGCGAAAACAAGCUUCCAGACCUCUUUCUACUACCGCUACCGUAUCCUGGUCAAAGAGCAGCCGACAGUGAAGCAAGUCGUCGCCCUGACUCUCAUUUUCUACUCGUUCUCAUUCUUCAUCCUUGUAAAAUAUUAAGGAAUUAGUUGAAAAUCGAAUUUGGGUUGUAGAUCCUGUACUCGUUUGACGUCGGCGACAGCAAUGAGCUGAAGCAGAUCAUGUACCGGCUCCAUCCGGAGUAUCACUAUGAGGAUGAGAGCAUCUGGGGAGGUAAAGUUUUUGGGAAAAAAAGUAGGGAAAAAAGCAUACAUGGGCAAGUGCAGAACUUUUUUUAGAACGUAGGCUCACAAGAAUUAAUCAAAAUAAUAAAAAAAUGAUUUUUAAGCUCAGAGAGGUGGUCUUGGCAAUAAUGAGAACAAUUUUAACCUCAGGGGGUAACAAAUAAGUGGGAGGAACGGUCGGCGGCUUCCAAAAAAACUAUCUGUCCAUGUAUGAAAAGUCUGAGAAGCUAGCCUUGGUGCUUACACGAGAGGACAAAUUUUCACACUUUUAGAAAAUAAAUUAGGAAACUUGGAUGUGGCUCUCGUUACAUUAUCUUUUUUAACAAAAGCUCUGAAUUUUCAGCUUUUAGAAGACCUGAUAGAUGAAAGUUUGGUUUUGAAGUUAAAAAGGAACCCUAGAAAAUGCUAAAUUUCAAGUUUAUCCAUUUUUCCAAAACGAUCCUGCAAUUUUCGAACUUUUGUGAGAUCCCCAGCUUUUAGAAGGUCUCAUAGAUGGAAGUUUAGUUUUGAAGUUGGAAAGGAACCCUGGAAAGUGGUUAAUUUUUAUAGUUUAUCCAUUUUUCCAAGGCUUUUCGAAUCUUUUUUGAGAUUCGGAAAUAUUCUUCAUGCUAAAAUUCUCACGGAAGCUUCUGCGCUCCAUGGAGAUCUAUAGUAGUUGAAAAAUUGUUUGGUUAUAGUUUCACGUUUUUCGAAUCUUUUUCUAAAACUUCUGGGAUUUUUUCCCCUUGGUAAGAGGUUCAGAACCGCUCGAAUUUUAUUAAAAAAGCUACCUGAAGCUUUCGCAGUCAAAACGGAGUCUGAACUCUAGAAAAGCUGUUUUUUUUUCAACUUUCAGAAGGGGUAUAUGUGCCUUCCAACAGUAAAAUCUAAUUACAAGAACUAGAAAAACCAAAAAAUUCAGUUCUGACCGUCAGCGGGAACACUACAAUUCUAUCGUUUGCCACCAGUUUCACAAUCCUCUACAUGACUUUCCCAUGCGUCCCAAUCUACGCUGCGAUUCACCAUUACCGUCAUCAGGUCUCAUUUAAUUAACCUCAAAAGUUCACGCGAAACUUCCAGACUUUGAAAAUCCUGGGUGGAAACGCGCUGGAAAUGAGUGAGGCCACCAGGAAGUCCCACAAGAAGAUGAUCAAAGCCUUGACGAUCCAAGCCAUGAUCCCGAUUUUCUGGCUCAUCGCCUCGGCCAUCUUCACGUCCGUCGAGUUCAAACUCAUCCCCAGCGGCCCUUUUCUGGAGAAUAUUACGUUCCGGCUGAUGGAUUGCUUCCCGACGUGCAGCCCUCUCGUUUCCCUCUACUUCAUCGCUCCUUACAGGUUUGUGGGUCGCACUUGGAAUGGCUCGGUUUGAGCCAAAUAUUCGAAAUUUGGGUGGGGAAUGGUCUUCGGAUGAAGGCGCACUCUAGCAGUGUCGGAGAUCCUAGAAAAGGGGUGCAAAAAAAGUUGCUGAAAAAGGUUCCAUUUUGCGCCCGAUAUCGAAAAAGGGUGCAAAAAAAGGGUCAAUGCAGGCUCAUAAAUGGGCGCUGAACAGUUCCAUAAUGAAACUUUUCUUCACCUUUUCUGUAUACCUACUUGAAGAUUGCCGACGAAAAAGUCGCUUAAAAUAACCCCGUUUUGUUUCUAAUAUCAAGCUUGAGAAAGGGUGCAAAAAGGGUCAGUACAGGCUCAUAAAUGGGCCCUGAACAGUUCUAUAAUGAAACUUUUCUUCACCUUUUUUUGUAUACCUACUUAAAAGAUUGCCGACGAAAAAAAGUAGCUUAAAAAUAACCCCGUUUUGUUUCUAAUAUCAUCAAACUUGAAAAAAGGGUCAGUACAGGCUCAUAAAUGGGCCCUGAACAGUACCAUAAGGAAACCUUUCUUCACCUUUUUUUUGAAGUCCGACUUGAAGAUUGUGCUUCAAGCCAUUCAAGUCAUGCGACCAACUCCUUUCAUCAAUUUUUGAAGUUUUCCUGAUUUUUUUCCCUGGGGAGGUGUUGAACUCGAGACCUUUUUAACCACAUCCUAGCAAGCAACCUACUGAGCUACAUAGUUUGUUUUGUCAGAAAAGGACUCCUCGGCUACUGGAGCAAGUUGACAUGCCGCAAGCAGAACGCCGUCGUCGAUGCGGUCGUCAGCGUCAGCGGAGCCACCAAUCAGAACGAUAAAGCCAAAGAAAUUGCCGACCUUGCUUGA